CUCUCUCUCUCUCUCCUCCUAACUCUCUUCCCUCUGAUUUCUUUCUAUUCCAAUUUCUGAUUUCAAUUCACCAAACCUCCUAAAAACCUUUUUGCAGUAUAUUAAUUUUUGCAGGGUUUGAAGCAUAGAAGAUUUGAAGGAUUCAAGAAACAUGAGGAAGCGCCAAGUGGUUGUGAGAAGAGAGGAGCCUCAAAGAAACGUUAGGAGUGUGAAAUAUGGUGAGUGCCAGAAGAAUCAUGCUGCAAAUGUUGGAGGGUAUGCUGUUGACGGUUGUAGGGAGUUCAUCGCCAGUGGUGGAGAAGGAACAAGUGCUGCUUUCACUUGUGCUACUUGUGGCUGCCACAGGAACUUCCACAAAAGACAGGUUGAAACUGAAGUAGUGUGGGGAGAUAUUUGGAAGACGCUUAUUGUGCCCUAUAACCAGCUUUCAUAAAAGGAGGUGGCAAUGUACCACUUUUGUAUGCAAUGAUAUUUACCAUGUGAAAUGGUGCAAGCAAAAGUGGAGAAGUUAGGCAUUUGAGCAUGGAAGGAAACAAAGUUUUAGGUAUACGUUAAUACUGAAUAAGGUAGAUGUCUAUUCCGAAAAUAUUCCAUCAGAAGUAGUCACGAGCUUGCUUCAUGUAUGAAAUAAUGUGGCUAAAGCAGAUUUCCUCUAUUUUACCAUUUUUUUUAGAAAAUAAUUUGUGGACAUGGAAGGAAAAAACCACAUAAACAUUCAACAAAAUUACCCUACAAGAUGGUUUGUAGUUGUGACCAUCAUCUAGAUAGGAAAUUGUACAUUAUCUAUUAACAGGGGUUUGAUUUAUUGGA